UUUGAUCGAGUGAGAGUUAUCUACAAAUACGCACUUGAUAGAAUUGCCAAACAGAAGGCUCAAGAGCUCUUCAAAAACUAUACAGUUUUUGAGAAAAAGUUUGGGGACAGGAGAGGCAUUGAAGAUGUUAUUGUCAGCAAAAGACGCUUCCAGUAUGAAGAGGAAGUCAAGGCAAAUCCACAUAAUUACGAUGCCUGGUUCGACUACCUUCGACUAGUUGAAAGCGAUGGAGAUCUUGAUACUGUACAUGAAGUGUAUGAGCGUGCAAUAGCCAAUGUACCACCCAUUCAGGAAAAGAGGCACUGGAGGAGAUAUAUUUACUUAUGGAUCAACUAUGCUUUGUUUGAAGAAUUGGAGGCAAAGGAUCCAGAGAAGACUAGACAAGUGUAUCAAGCAUGCUUGGAACUCAUCCCUCAUAAGAAGUUCACAUUUGCUAAAUUGUGGCUGCUAUAUGCACAAUUUGAAGUUCGACAGAAGAACCUGUCUCUCGCCAGGAGGGCUUUAGGUACUGGCAUAGGAAAAUGUCCAAAGAACAAGCUGUUCAAAGGGUACAUUGAACUAGAGCUCCAGCUUCGUGAGUUUGAUCGGUGUAGGAAACUCUAUGAAAAAUACCUGGAGUUUUCACCAGAGAACUGCACUACUUGGAUUAAGUUUGCUGAAUUGGAGACUAUUCUGGGUGAUGUUGAACGUGCUCGUGCCAUCUAUGAACUGGCAAUUGGCCAACCUAGACUAGAUAUGCCAGAGGUUCUUUGGAAGUCUUAUAUAGACUUUGAAAUUGAGCAGGAAGAAUAUGAAAGAACAAGAAACCUGUACAGGCGCCUACUUCAACGUACUCAGCACGUUAAGGUAUGGAUCAGUUAUGUUCAAUUUGAACUUUCAGUGGAUGUGCCAGAACGCAUAUCCAGAUGCCGACAAAUUUAUGAGGAUGCCAACAGAUCUUUACGGAACUGUGAGGAAAAAGAAGAGCGACUCAUAUUCUUGGAGUCCUGGAGGGACUUUGAAGCAGAAUUUGGCACAGAGUCUUCACAAGAAAGGGUGCGAAAACUCAUGCCAGGACGUGUCAAGAAGAGGAGAAAACUGCAGGCAGAAGAUGGGACAGAUGCUGGUUGGGAAGAGUAUUACGAUUACAUCUUCCCAGAAGAUGCUGCCAAUCAACCAAACCUCAAACUGCUUGCAAUGGCCAAGCUUUGGAAGAAACAGCUGCGCGAUGAGAAAGAACCAGAAGAUAAUCCUGACAAAGAUACAGAUGAAAAUGAGACUGAAUCAUGAUGUAUGGACAAUCUUUGCAGAAACCUUCUCCACUCUAUUGCUAUUAAUUUUUUCCACUUUUUUCCAAAAUAUUUUCUAAUUUUUUGUACAAUAUUUCAAAAGCUAGAACUGUCUUCGAAGUGCUUAUUAAAUGAGUUUUUGUACCCA